AUGACUAGAAGCACUUGGAACUGCAUUCUAUCCAUCUUCCCCAUCGUUCUCGCAAUCGUUCUCGCCUUUCGAAACACCUCUCCUAUGCCAGCACUACCAGCGAUUAGAGCGGCCAACGCUGCAUUCAAGCAUUCCCUGUCUCCUGCGCCUGUCGGUGUCUUUGUGGGCGGCACAUCUGGGAUUGGACAAGGAAUGGCAGAGGCGUUUGCGCGCCACACUAACGGGCACAGCGACAUCGUCAUCGUUGGACGAAACCGCGCGGCCGCCGAGAAGAUUCUAUCGAGCAUGCCUCUCCCCAACUCCGGGAAGUUUGCGCGAGAAUUCGUGCAAUGCGACGCCACCUUGAUGAAGAACGUGCAGGCCACGACACAAGACCUCCUCUCACGAUACCCGAAGGUCAACUAUCUCGUUAUGUCUCCAGGAAUCAUGACACUCUCCGGUCGUGACGAGACUGCGGAAGGCAUCGAUAAGAAGCUAGCCGUGCACUACUAUGCACGGUGGAAGUUCCUUCGCGACCUUCUUCCUGCAUUGACGAAGGCGAAGGAGGCAGGAGAAGAAGGAGCUGUUAUGAGCGUUCUCGGGGCUGGCUACGGGGGUCCUAUAGACGUUGAGGACCUCGCGGUCGAGAAGGGGUACAGCACAUCACGAGUAGCUGCCGUUGCUCCCACCUAUAAUGACUUGAUGCUGGAGGCGUUUUCGCAGAAGGCACCCACUCUUUCCCUCAUCCACGCGUCUCCCGGAGGCGUCCGGACAUCCAUUUUAUCGUCAUCUCCUUCAGCGCUCAUCCGCAUAGGCUCGGCUGUCCUGCUUCCCCUGCUGCUCCCAUUUACUGUUUCGCCUGGUGAGUGCGCCGAAUACAUGUGGCAUGCCGUCUACUCGACAGCCGCAGAGCCAGGCGUGUACCGGACGGACUCGCAUGGGGAAAAUAUAGGCAAGAAGAGUUAUUUCGGCGAUGAAGAGCAAAGGAAGAAGCUAUGGGAGCAUACUGAGGGUUUGCUAAAUUCAGUAAUUGCACGAGCAUAG